AUGUGUGAAAUUCAGGAUUAUUCUAUUGAGCAUAAGGAUAUUUAUUUGAAUAAAUAUUCGGUGUGCUUAGACAUGGAUCUGUACAUCACUGACUCACUCCAGGACAUGCUGGAUAUGGACAUCAAAAAUGAAAUAGCGACAGACUUGAGCAGUAUAACAGAUUUUUCUGAUUCAUUAGGAUUAAAUUUCUCAGAAAUGCCACCUUUAUUAGACAUGGAAACAGAUAAUUCUGUGACGUGGCUGAAUAAUUCUUCUAGUUUCGUACACAAUCUCGAUCUGUAUGGGUCGGAAGCGAACGCUGUCAUGGUCAAUCCUAACUCGGUAAUGCCGUCGACGUUCGCUGAAACUCCAGUCAAAAGUAUCGUUAAAGAGGAGGCUUCACAUCUGCUGCUCACUUCAGCUGCGAAUAAUGAUCUCACUAAUAACACGUCGCUGUCGAGCCCUAAAGAGGAAAAAAGUCAUUUAACAUUCUCACCGAACGCCAUCAAGGUGGCUAAAGUACAGGAAUCGGAAGACACAAAAAACAAGAAGCCAUUGGAGGAGGCGACGCAGAUGGUCAUUUAUGUGCGUAAACAAGACAAGACUGUAGUCAAAGAUUUAUUAAAGGAUUUAGACACGAACAAAACUAAGAGUUCGACGUUAACGCCCACCGUCAGGAUAAAGUCGAGCCAACAGGAAGUAUUGAAAAUAAAUAAUAAGAACUGCUCAGUUUUAAACACGAACCAAAAACUAUCACAGUCUUUAGGAACGAAAACUAUUAUAUCCGGCAAUAUACACAUAUUGGACGCCCAGCAAUCUAGAACAAUUUUAGCUAAUGGUAACAAACAAGCGACGAUAUUAAUCGAUAAUUCAUCAAUAAACAAUAGCAGGCAAAUAAUUAAGACCUCAGUAACCGGUGCAUUUACAGUAGACACUAGCCAAGCUAAAUACGUAAAUAAUUCAAGUAAAACAGUCGCGGGAGAGUUUCCGAAGCCGGCCUAUUCGUAUUCAUGUUUAAUAGCAAUGGCACUAAAAAACUCAAGAACGGGAAGCUUACCAGUGUCAGAGAUUUAUAAUUUUAUGUGUCAACAUUUCCCCUAUUUCAAAACCGCACCAAACGGUUGGAAGAAUUCCGUACGGCAUAAUCUAAGUUUAAACAAAUGUUUCGAAAAGAUUGAGAAACCAUCGACGAAUGGUAGUCAACGGAAAGGUUGUCUAUGGGCGAUGAAUCCAUCGAAAGUCGGCAAAAUGGAUGAAGAAGUCCAGAAAUGGUCCAGGAAGGAUCCACAAGCAAUCAAGAAAGCUAUGAUUUAUCCAGAGACUCUGGAAGCAUUGGAACGCGGAGAGAUGAAGUACAGCGGGUUCGGCAGCGACAAUGACGCAGACGAAGAUAAUGAUAACGAUAAUGAUACGGAGGACUUGGACUUGGAGAUAGACCCGGAGGUUAAGGAUGAGGAACAGGAGGAACACGUACAUGAGGAAUCAGAUCAGGAAUUGGAAGUAGAAGAAGUUGAAGGAACCGGUAUGGUGGGGGCUUACCGCGUACUGGCGCCGGGGUUAUAUGGAGACUUGAGUGAUGUUGAGGUAUUGGAUCAAUCGUACGAAGAGAUCGACAUCGAUACUAAACCAGUAAAAUUAGACUUAUCUGUUACCGAAAAUUAUACGAUUCAUUCCGCUAAACGGGCAAAGACGAGCUUCAUCUAUCAGCCAGUUUCUUCACAGACACACACUAGUCGAAGAAAGACACCGCUCGUGAACAGAGUGGCGCUAGUUUAA